CGGAGAGAGCAAGCCUUGGGGGCGCGGCGGCGCGGCAAGGCAUCGGACAUCAGCGGGCGCUGCAGCCAGGGCGGCGUGUCGGAGCGGUUAGGGCGCGGGGCGGCGGCGCCGCCAGGUCUCUGGGCUGACGCGGCAAGGGCGUGGCCAGUGGCGAGUGGCGAUCGACGAGGCCUUGGAGACCGGUGAGGUCAAGUUGAUUGGAUGAAGCAGAUGUCACCGGAGAACUAAAUUUCGUAAUGCUUUGGCAAAGGAGUUGUAGGUUAUGGCGACCCGUGUCUUGUCACGCCAAAAUCUAAGAAAGUUGGCUACAUUUACUCUCCAGAAUAUAUCCCAGAGCCAACUAAUUUCACCUUUCCCUCCAGGUCUCAGAUCUGGUGCUGUUUCCCCUAGCAAAUGCUUCAGUCCCCUUUACCUGUUUGGGCAUUCAUGGGCUGUUAGAUGGGCUACAUAUGGAUCAGUGAAUCUUGUUGUGUCUGAUGAUGGCAAACCUAAGUUUCAGAUUGAGGAGGUGGAGCCCUCCAAAAAGGGAAGAUAUUUGACAAAGAAGCGAUUGAAGCUUCAGAGGAAGCGGGUAAAGAAGAAGAGGAAGGAGGCAAAUAAAAAUGAUCCGCGACGCAUCAGGCCCAAGGGAAAGAAGAUAAAACAAAAAUUCCCCACAGCUGAAGCUAGGCUCAAAUAUAAGAUUGACAAGGCCAAAUUAAAGGAAGCUAUGUUGGUUGAAAAGUUAAAGAAGUAUGAGGUUGCGAAAGCUCAAGGCCCUAUGGCUAAACCAGAUGAUCUUAGUGGUGAGGAAAGGUUUUACUUGAAGAAGGUUUCACAGAAGAAGUCAAAUUAUGUCCCUGUUGGAAGGCGAGGAGUUUUUGGAGGCGUAAUUCUGAACAUGCACUUGCAUUGGAAGAAGCAUGAAACUGUGAAGGUCAUAUGUAAGCCCUGCAAACCAGGGCAAAUCCAGGAAUAUGCAAAUGAGAUAGCUAGACUUAGUGGUGGUAUCCCUGUUAACAUCAUUGGAGAUGACACUAUAGUCUUCUACCGAGGCAAAAACUAUGUUCAGCCAGAAGUUAUGUCACCUGUUGAUACACUGUCAAAGAAAAAGGCACUUGAAAAAUCAAAAUAUGAACAGUCGCUGGAGACAGUUCGGCGUUUCAUUGCAGUAUCUGAAAAGGAGCUUGAACUUUAUUAUCGGCAUGUUGCACUUUAUGGAAUUCCACAAUCCCAGAAAGCUGAUCUUGUUCGUGGUGAUAAUAGAGAGGCUUCUUUGCUUAAAAUGGGGGGAUUGGAUCAAGCAAAGGACCAAUUGCCCUAUCUGGGUACCAAUCAUUUUUCUGAUCUUCACAUCAGUGAUAUUUCUGAAUCAGAUGAAGAAGAUACUUCUGGUAGUGAAUAUAAUGUUAAUGACGAUGACACUGAGGAUAUGAACAACAUUUCUGAAGACGCAAUUUCUGAUGGGUUAGCCAACAGGGAGUGAAGUCUGAUUACCUUGUCUGACAUAAUUACAUUGUUGUUUAGAAAUUUGCCUCAGACUGAGCCACCACAUUAUACCAUGGAUGUUUCUCAUCACAGAUUGAAUGAUGUCAGUCUUAGACUCUGAUGUACCGAAUCAUCAUCAUAUUAUGUCGAUUAGUCAUUACAGCUAGCUGGCCCUGCUGUUGUCAGCUAAAGCUGAGCUUAAUUUUGUGGUGAUUUUUCCUUGAAAUCCUUGAUGUGUAUACUAGUACAACAAUCUGUCAUCUGUCACCAAAUGCAGUGAUGUAUCUUGCAUAUCCUUCUAAAAGUGCUCCCUCCUUGCUGUCAAAA